UAAUCCGUCCCGUUGUGUACAUUUCGGAGUACAUUAGCGAGACCGAUAAACUCCGAAAGUUAUCUGUAAGGUUUUAGCAUCCAGGUAUGACAAAUCCGACCUUCCAAAGGUUUUUCUCCUAUUUAACGUACCAAUUAUGGACUAUUCACAACUUCAAUACACAUGCAGUUUCACUAUGAGGGGAAUUUUAUGACCAUAUUUAGGACUCGAUCGUUUGCACAGAGCACACUCAUUUGUUCUUUCACUUUCGAACAGGAAAAAGACACUGAGUCAAAACCAUACAACGGAUCUCUCUGGGAGGACAACAGCCAAGAGCUGGAGAGAACCAUGUGCAGCCCAAUGCCAGAGCCUAUUUGUUUGGUGGAAAAUGUGAACGGUUCACUGCGUGUGAGUGAUGGAGCCAUUGAGUACCUGUACAGGAUUAACCAGCCGGUGGUGGUGGUGUCUGUGGUGGGACUCUAUCGCACAGGAAAGUCUUACCUCAUGAACCGUCUGGCAGGAAAACAAGCUGGCUUUGCUCUGGGCAGCACCAUUGAGUCGAAGACUAAAGGUAUUUGGAUGUGGUGUGUGCCACACCCCUAUAACACAGGACACACUCUGGUGCUGCUGGACACUGAGGGACUGGGGGAUGUUGACAAGGGAGACUCUAAAAAUGAUGCUUGGAUCUUCUGUCUAGCUGUUCUUCUCAGCAGCACUCUGGUCUACAACAGCCGUGGGACCAUCGACAACACAGCAGUGGAACAACUACACUAUGUCACUGAGCUUGCAGAGCAGAUUAAGAUCAAAUCACCUGCAUCCCGAGCAGCUGAGGAGAAGGAGGAAGAAGACGCUCAGUUUGUUCAGUUUUUUCCUAACUUUAUCUGGACCGUGCGUGAUUUUUCACUGGAGCUGGUGAUUGACGAAAAGGGUCAAGUGACCGAAAAGGAGUACCUGGAUUUUGCCCUGCAGCUGAAGAAAGUUCUUGGAUGA